AUGGCCUCAUCCAAUGCUGACGACGGGUUUUAUUGGAAUAAGCAGCUCAAAACAAGAAUCGCGAGAUAUAAUCAACACUCACGAAUUUCUUUGCGUGAAAUGAAUCUGAUUGACAAAGAUAUUCCGAUGAUUAUCAAUGAGGCACUAAUCAACAAACAAUGUACAGAACUUGAUCUUUCUUCGAAUCGAUUUACAUUCGAAGGAAUUCGACUGUUAGCAAACACAUUUGAUCAAAACUUAAUAUCGCUGAAAAUGAUCGAUUUGAGUAGUAAUCAGCUAGGUGACGAAAGUAUUCGAUAUAUUACCACUGCUCUUCGAAUGUAUCCUUUGUUGACACAUCUUCGUCUGGGACGAAAUAGUAUUACUGAUAUUGGAGCACAAUAUCUAGCCGGACUCUUAUCAACAAAUACACGACUUACUCUUAUCGAACUCGAGUACAAUAAUAUAACAUCCCAAGGUAUGAUAGUACUUGCACAAGCUAUAUUAUGUUCAAAUUUGAAAUACUUCUAUAUUGGGAAUAAUCGACAGGUGAAUGAUGAAGGUGUCGAGAGUUUACGUGAUAUGAUACGAAAAGCAACUGAUUUACUGGCUAUUUCAUUAAAUGAUAUUGACUUCUCUCAAAAAUGCAAAGAGAAAUUGGGACAAGUAGCCAAAACAAAACAUCGCCUUACUCUCUACCUUUGA